UCCAUCCAAGAUCCCCCAGCUCAUGUAGCAAAAUUAAAAUCAGUGUUCUCUAGCACCACUCCAUGUGAACCCACCACAACAAGCCACUGCAUUUUGUUGACUUCCUCAAUCCUAUAUUCGUUUAAGUUGUGAGAUAACAUUAAGUAGUAGGUCUUUACUAAUAUCACCAAGGUAUCGAACCAUCAAAUAGAUGUUUAAGGAACUCAGCUAUCUACCAACCGUGUUAAACCUUGUUGGUUCUUCUAUCUAUAUAUAUCAUCGACAAUACAAGUUAUUCUCUUAUUCUCAGUUUUGGAACCCGACAUAGUAUUUUUAGUCCCACAUGGGUUUCACUUUCAAGGUCCAUGUCUUGUUUUUGUUCUCUCUGUGUAGCCUAGCUUUUAUUGUUGCUGGUGCAGCAAAGUCCAAAAGUAAGAGUCUCAUAAGAAGUAGAAAGGAAUUGGGCAGGUGUAAUUUGUUCUUUGGAAGUUGGGUGAUUGACCCUUCACAACCUCUCUAUGACUCCUCAACCUGUCCCUUCAUUGAUUCUGAGUUUAAUUGCCAAAAGUAUGGAAGACCAGACAACCAGUAUCUCAAAUACUCUUGGAAGCCUGAUUCAUGUGCCUUACCCAGGUUCAAUGGGGUAGAUUUCUUGAACAAGUGGAGGGGUAAGAAGAUAAUGUUUGUGGGUGACUCAUUGAGUCUCAACAUGUGGGAAUCAUUGUCCUGUAUGAUUCACGCUUCGGUGCCGAAUGCCACUACCAGCUUUGUGAGGAAAGGAACACUCUCUACUGUGAUCUUUCAGGACUAUGGAGUAAGCAUACAGCUAUAUCGCACACCAUAUUUGGUGGACAUAGUUCGAGAAGAUGUUGGUGCAGUACUUGCACUAGACUCCAUACAACAGGCUAAUGCUUGGACUGAUCUGGACAUGUUGAUCUUCAACUCCUGGCAUUGGUGGACCCACACAGGAGAUUCUCAAGGAUGGGAUUAUAUAAGGAAUGGUUCCAAUCUAGUUAAAGACAUGGACCGUUUGGAAGCAUUUUAUCAAGGGUUAACCACUUGGGCUAGAUGGGUUGAUCUCAAUGUUGACCCUACCAAAACUAAAGUCUUCUUUCAAGGGAUUUCUCCCACUCAUUAUCAAGGCCAAGAGUGGAAUCAACCUAAGAAGAGUUGUAGCGGACAAAUUGAACCGUUAUCUGGGUCAUCAUAUCCAGCAGGUCUACCUCCUCCAACUACAAUAGUGAACAAAGUGUUGAAGAACAUGAAGAAACCAGUUUAUCUGCUUGACAUAACACUCCUCUCGCAACUUCGAAAAGAUGCACAUCCUUCUGCCUAUGGCGGGAAUCAAGGGGGCAAUGACUGCAGCCAUUGGUGCUUACCAGGAUUACCUGAUACUUGGAAUGAACUCCUAAAUGCAGCUCUAAUGUGAUCAAGAUAAUUAUUUAGAGUUUUUUUAUUUUGAUAGAUGUUCAAAAGGGUGACUGAUUCAAUUGUAAUACAAGACUCUUGAAGAAAACAGAGUCCCAUACCAAGUCAGUCAGGGAGGGAGAUCAAUCUGUUUUACAUGUCAUGAAAAUGAGAAAAUAUAAUUUACUUCAAAUCAUAGAAUGCAAUGGAACUUUACCUUCGAUUGAUGCAUA